AUGUUGCAGGAGGGUAUUGAGCCCAAUGGGCGCACGUUGGGAAAGCUUCUGGAAGCAGCAACUAAACAAAGCAACCGACAAGCAGCGCAGCACUGGUUCUUUGCGCUGGCAAAUGCUCAUUCUGAAACGGAAGAGCUGCACAUCCACAUGCUUGUGGAUGCUGUCGCCAAGGAAGGCGAUUUCUUUGCAGCACAGGAAUGGUACACUCGCUUUUCAGCCGACCAUAUGGACCUGCUGACGUCGCGCAUUAGAGAUGUGGUGCUUUGUGCUGCUGCACGAGUAGGAGACCUUGCGCAAGCGGAGACUCUUUUGCAGGACUUCUCCAAGUCGGGAUUGCAACCAGAUCAAGAAACCUUUGCUGCUGUUGCACUUGCGAUCUUGGAGACCAGGGACACAGACAACCUUGCCACCAUUGAGAAAUGGCUUGCCCUUGCCGAAGAGGCUCUCUGCAUUGAGGAUGAGUUGGGUGCAAUUGCACGCGUUGCAAAAGGCGCUGCCAGGAUUGGCUGCUUGGACAUUGCCCAAGUCUUGCUUGAGAAGGUCUUCCGGAAGGUCAAACCCGAGUGCCCAGCUCCCGUGGCCGCGGAGUCUGCCUGCUUCAACGUGAUCAAAGCUCUUGGCGAGCAGGGUCGACUUGACGAAGCAGAGGCGUGGGUUGAACGAGGCCAAAGGACUGGGUCACCCGAGUGGCUUCGGCGAUGCUGCCUAGAGCUGGUAAAAUCGUUCGCUUCGCAGAAGCAGCUAGGGAGGGCUGAGAGGAUGUUUCUGCUCGGCCAGAAAGCUGGGGUGACCGACUUACAAGCUUAUUGCAUCAUGGUGAAUGCUGCUGCCAAAUGCUGCGAUCUGGUUGUUGCAGAGCGCUGGUUUGAGGAAGCCUUGGAUGCUGGCAUCGAACCCGAUAUCGUCCUCUUUGCUUCCUUGGUGGACGCUGCAUGCCGCAAGGGCGAUAUGAGAGCUGCAGAGUACUGGCACAGACGAGCAGAAGCUUUUGGCCUGACGGCCAGCAAAGAGAUGUUGGGUUCCCUGGUGAACGGUGAAGUUCGUAAGGGCAACUUGCACGGGGCACAGCGGUGGGCUGCGAUUGCGAAGCAGAAAUAUGGACCAAAUCUGGUUAUCCAAAACUGCCUGGUUGACGCCUUUGCAAAAUGCAAGGACAUGAUCUCAGCUGAGAGAAUUCUCGACGAUGACUUGAUUGGCGGCGGGCUGCAGCCUGAUGAGAGAAGCUUCGGGCCGUUGAUCAACGCUUACGCUGAGCAGGGUCGCUUCACCGAUGCAAUGAGAUGUUUCCGGUCUAUGUCUGUACAUCAAGUGAGGCCUUCGGUCGUCCAGUACAACCAGCUGUUGAAGGCUUGCGCGCGGUCACGGCCUCGGUUGGUGCAGGAGGCUCUGCAAAUCUUUGAGGAGCUGAUGGAGGUUUGUGCUGAGCGCAACCAGGACAGCCCUCCCAGACACUCGGGUCCCUUCCGUGGUCCACCUCGGGAUUUGCGCCCUACCCGGAUCACGCUGAAGACGCUGGGCCGCUGUGUGGGUGCGCGGCGGCUGUCACAGAUCUGCCAGGAGCAUGGCAUAGAGCAGCAGGAGCUGCUGGACACAAGAUUCAGCGCUGAGGAGCAGAAGCGUGCAUUUUCUGCUGCUGAGAAAUGGGUAGUGGAAGGCGCCGGGACCAAGACAUCUGCCGAGAGCAAAAGCUGGAGUGCAGAGAUUUGCAGCUUCGUCUUCUGGAGCUUGUUUCACUUCAAUCAGUCUGGAAGCCCCUGA